AUGUUGGCACUCACUUUGACCGCUGAGCUUAACGGCGUAACCGAUCUCGCCNCCAUCGACACUGAGGACAGCCCUUUCUACUACACAUUCAAGGUGCAAUGUACUUCAUGUCGUGAGGUCCACCCCAACUGGGUCAGCGUGAGCAGAUUUGUAGGUUCUUUCUUUUCCCAUCUUGUUCCAAUUACCAACAUCUUCAAUCUAGNNGAACAAAACGAGGUAUCUGGCAGCAGGGGUGAAGCCAACUUUGUCUGGAAGUGCAAGAACUGCAAGAGAGAACACUCGGCAUCCAUUAAAGAAGCGCCCAAGCUCUAUGUUCACAGCGACACCCCCAAGGCCCAAAAGAUCAUCGAGUUCGACUGCAGAGGGCUCGAGUUUGUCGAGUUCAAGCCAGAUGUAUUUUCACUUCCCACCAGACUCCCAAAUCUCUGUUACAUAGGACUAAUACAUCGAGUAGNNGGUGAGUGGAAAGCCACCGGCAUCGACUCAAACACAAAGUUCGACGCCAUCGACCUGACAGAAGGCGACUGGUACGACUACGACGAAAAGGCCAGUGAGGAGGUCAGCAUCCAAGGCCAGAAGUGGGAGAUCAAGCGCGCAUAG